UAAGCAUUCUGCAAGUGGGCGUUCAUCGGCGACUGCUGGCACACUCGACGGCGCACACCGACUCCCGACUAGGAAGCGCAAUGGCGUCGGGUGACGUGCGGCUACGUUUGGCAGCAGUAUUGCUCGUCGUGCUUUUCCUUGGAAAUGAAUGCGGCGGCGUCAGUGCAAAGCGCAAUAAAAGGAAAGACAAGAACGGAACAGAUCAGGGACAAGGCUCUAGUGACAAGAUCAACAUUGAACCACCCACUGACUUGAAGAUCGACGUGCUCUGUAACAACACGGUUCAUGCCACGUGGAAAUAUGAGUCGCCACAAUAUAUUUCGGGCUUCCUCGUAACUCUCUGCAACACGGAGGAACAUGUGUGCUCCGACGAAACGCUAACUUCGGAUGUCCGACAGUUUUGGUCCCCGUUGGCCGCACACAACAGUGGCUAUAAGCUUUCUGUUUUCACAACGUUGUCGACGGACCGCAGUGAACCUGCACAAGCAAGCUUCAACUCUUACCCGGAUCUCGCCAAAGUGGAAGACCUCACUGUCACGGCCACUAGCCCUACAGAGCUAAGGGUGCAAUGGCGGAGCGAGUGGCAACACGACAUCAAGCUCAGCGCCUGCUCCGAGACGGCACGAUGCGUGAACGUCACGGCUCCGGCACAGAAUCGAACGCAGACGCUCAAGGGCCUCGAACCGAGCACUGCUUACGACGUGAACGCUCAAACAGCGAUCACUAUGAACAACCGAACGUGCGAGGGUCCUGCUGCGAAGAAGAGUGCCUCGACACUGCAGUUGGCACCUCCAUCGGAUCUCAAAGUCGAAGUGCUCUGCGAAAACAAAGCGCAUGUCACGUGGGCGUACGACCAUCCGGAAUGGAUCACCGGCUUCGUUGCCAGGCUUUGUGACGCGACUGGUCUAAAAUGCAAGAACGAAACGAUUCUCAAGUCCUCUUUGGGUUGCUCUUUCACACUGCCAGAGUACAACGUGACAUACAAAGUCAGCGUCUGGUCCUAUUAUCAAAGUCCUGCGACCAAGCAUGAAGACUACAGUGCACCAGCUGAGACGAGCCUGACGUCUUACCCCAAAUUGCCCGAACUCGACGACAUAGCUGUGACUGGGGUGAACACAACUGCUCUCGUUGCCACCUGGACCACGGAAUGGCACGGCCCAAUAGCGUUCACCGUUUGUUCCGCGCCAAAGGCGUGCAAAAACCACACCGUUCCCGGGUGGCUUCGGAACCACACUUUCGGAGGACUCAGUUCCAACACUACGUACAGGAUCCGCGCUCAGGCAGAGGUGACACUUAACAACAAAACAUGCCGGGGCCACCUACAGGAGCGGUCUGCUUCGACGUUUGUAGAACGUCCGGGCAUAGUCCGCAACGUUCACCACACAGUUGAAAACGGCACCAUUCUUCAAGCCAGUUGGGAAGCACCUGCAGGUUCCGAAGUGUCUGGCUACACCAUCAUGUGCAAAGACCCAAAAACAAAUUAUACUGAAUCUCAAGAUUUUCACGGCGGAAAGCCACCGAAUCAGAUUACUUUGGUACUUCGCGAGCUUGUAGCUAGUUUUAACUGCUCCGUCUUUGCGUACAACAUAAACGCAACACGCGACCGCGUCAACGGGCCUCCAUUUACCUUCAGUGCCUCCACCGACGGCAUAGCAUCUCCGAAAAACUUGACUUUAGUUGAGCGCAACGCCACAAGCUUCACUUUCAGCUGGUCAGCCGAUCCAAACGCAACAAAGUGGGAGAUCGUAGCCACUCCUGAAGGUCAGUUGGGGCAAGAGCAGGAGAGCUCGGGCGAGUACGACGCACCGCACAACGGGACUGUGACGCACGCCGUGACUGGGCUUCUCCCGUCUCCUUCGGAAGUGCGGAAUUUCAACUAUUCGGUUCAAAAGGACGUCAGUGUUCUCCUUACGUGGGAAAAGCCAGAUCACCCAAAUGGACCCCUCGACAGCUACGUAAUUCGUGUCUACAACGAAGAUAGGAAUGAAACAAAUAACACCGAGGUUCCAGGCGAUCGAAGUGAAGUGCAGAUGAAUUUAAAGCAUGAAUUUAACCUUUUCAAUGUGUCUAUAUCAGCGUACAACAAGGCCACAUCCACCAAUCAGACGUUCUACAGCCCGGAAUCUGAGCUCUCGUUCGAAACGCUUGGAAAAGGUCCCGUACCUCCGCGUCCAAAAACGCAAGACGUAAAAGAAAAAAGUGUCCACCUCUCGUGGGAGGAACCUCAUGACCCCAGAUACAAUAUCACUGGCUUCAGCAUCAAAGUCGGCGAGCAGCCAUCCUACGAGACCAACCAGUCGAGCAUCACAAUCGAGAAUUUGGAACCAUGGAAGGAGUACAAUGUUAGUGUCGCUUCCUGUACUAGCAAAACAAGCUGCGGACAAAGCAGGAGUCUCGCAUUCAAAACAGACUUUGCAGCGCCAUCAGAGCCGCUGGACCUUAAAGCCCCCGAAGCCGGUACACACUGGAUGCUGGUGCAUUGGGAAAAACCGAAGGUCCUGAAUGGACCACUGAGUGGUUACAACGUGAGCUUCAGCCAUGGAGACAGCCAUCGACACGCGGUCACCACAGAUCUGCAUUAUAAUUGUACGGAGCUGGUACCCGGCACCUCGUAUGACGUGUCGGUGUACGCAUUCAACGAGGUGAAGUCUGUCACCAAGCGUGGACCCCCUACUUCGCUCCAGGCUACCACGCAAGCUGAAACACCCGCUGGCCAAGGAGUUUCAACCGGCGACGAUAGUCUUGGCGGUUGUCAUUCCGCUCAUUCUCAUUAUUGCCGUCGCUUCCUACUUCCUUUACAAGAAGUUCCAGAAGAGGACAGGGGAACGCACACCUCUCAGAAGCCGUUACAGAUCUCUGGUCUUGAGGCGACGGUUCACGGUGGCAAUCGAGCAACUGUCAAGUGGGAGAAUGCGACGGGCCCCGUCACUGGCUACAAUAUGACAGUUUGCCUUGUGACGGAUUCGCCCAGAUGCGAGUCAGUGAAAAGUCAAAAGACAAACUAUGUACUUCAUCACCUGGCGUCUGGUACAACCUACCAGGUCGACGUCCACGCAUACGUCGAAGAAGGUGGCGACACCACGAAGGGCCGAAGCGAAAGAAUCUUUUUCACGACAACGAAACUCCCAACCGUGGAGCAGCUGGAAGCUACACCGCUGGGAUCCACAUCAGUUGAACUCAAAUGGUUACCCAGUCAAGAUGCCGUAUCGCACUUUGACAUCGACGCCUGCCCCUCGGACGGAGGGGCCUGCGUUCACGCUUACACACCCAAUGUGACCCACAUCUUAGAAGGCCUGACGCCGGACACGACCUACAAGAUAGAAGUCCGUAGCGCCGUGGAAGAAGAAAAGGAGCUAUCAUUUGGUCCUGCGUCUGCUGUCUCCGCUACUACAACUCUGCUACCUGCCAUUACUGACGUCGUUGUCAGGGCGACUUGCGACAGUUUCAUCGUCGCAUCAUGGAACUACUCUGUCGAAGGCAUCACUGGCUUCCUGCUGAACCUGUGCGCAGAAGGCCAGAGCUGCAUAACGCGGUCGGUCGACAAAGACGACCGGGAGCACACGUUUAGAGUGGACGCCAUACUUCGUUCAUACACGCUGUCUAUAGAGGCGUACCUGUGGAAAGGGAACGCCAAACGCUCAAGCCCUGCCGUCAAUGAGUCGGUCACUUCAUUUCCCGAAGUUCCCAGGCUGGAUAGAUUCGAAGUCGAGGCAAUCUCGCCCAGCCAAAUCAGGGCCAAGUGGUCGAACAGCUUCGACGUUGAUGUCCGUAUACAAGUCUGUGUGGCUCAGUCGGCAAGGAAGAACUGCGUUAACUACGCAGCGCACGGCACACAGCUGGGUUACACUGUCAGUGGACUGUCACCCAGUACCAAGUACACCGUAGAAGCGAGCACAGCCAUCACUCUUGGCGUAGACACGUGCCUUGGGCUUGGCUCUACGAGAGAAGUGACCACGCUUACAGAAGACCCAUAUGGUAUUCGAUUCCUAGCAGUUGAGAGUGAAGGCAUUCCUUUUGAUGUAAUCAUGCUCCUGGGCCUCCACAACUUGUGUGGUGUUAUGUUAACGAGAUGGGUGGAAUGUGGCAAGCUUCCGACCCUGCUACACUUCAUAGGUCAUGACCAGUGGGAGCAGUUCGCGGCAACAUUCGGCACGCCUGCAGGCACGCCGGUUGCAGCCUACGUUGACGAUAGUGUUUCCAGUGGAUACUCUGACCACGCGGACAUUGGUCCUGUACAGGAGCUCUCUUAUCAUAUCGUCAAUAUCACCACCCUCAAUGCAACGUGGAAGCGGCCAGUCACCAAAGAAGACAUUGCAGGAUACACUUUAGAAUGCACAAUCCUGGAACGCCACAGCUCCAGAAAAAUUAAUGUUUUCCCAGCAUCAGAGAUCGUUCAAGCUAGCCUCGAGUUAGAAGACCAAGUGCAACCAUUUGAAUGCAAAGUGCCACAUGGCAGACAAAUUGGACACACGAGAUCCACUUUGCCUAUCUGCUUGUUUGGUGGUCUAAACCAACACUGCCAAAACUACAACGUGUCUGGCGCACUUCACCAAGCUACUUUUACAGGCUUGCUUCCAGAAACUACUUAUAAUGUAAAAAGCAACGGCCAGGUCACUUACGGCAACCGGACAUGCAUCGGACCAGAAACCGAACAAGCUGCUUCCACAUAUUCGUUAAAUCCUGGUCCAGUUUCGGCUUUAAAAUACGAAAUCGACAAUGUGACAAUCCUCGCCGCAAAUUGGGACGGACCACUUGCCAGCGUCGAUUACGAUGGCUACGUGUUGCACUGCGUGGAACAUGGUUUUCGCGCAGUGAGAACUGUCGAAGUACCGGAAGCAGAAAAGCACGUGAACAUCACAUUAGACCUUGAAGAACAGCUAGCAACAUUCGAUUGCAAUGUGUGGGCUUUUGCUUACAAUGGAACCAAACGAAACAAUGGGACCAUCUCCACGUUUUCUGUUACAACAAAUGGCAUAGGUCCUCCUGAAAACGUCACACUUGUUGAACGAACUACGACGAGCUUGGCGUACUCAUGGCCAAAAGAUCCAAAAGCACCGAACUGCCGAGUGCGAGUGCUGGCAGCCUACGUGACUGAGGUAUACAAAAAUGACUGCACCAGCAUCAGUGAUAAAGACCUUCUUCACUAUAACGUCACCAAUCUGACUCCGGGACAGCGGUACAAUGUCUCAAUACAGAACUGUGCCGAUUACUGUGGCCUGGCGAAAGUAGUUGGUGACUACACGAAUGUUGCUGCCCCCUCCGAGGUGAGAAACUUCAGCGCCUCAGUCAGUGAUUUUGUGAACGUGACGUUCAAGUGGGAAAAGCCAGCGCGACCAAAUGGGCCCAUUGACGGGUACCUUAUUCACGUCGUAAAAGAAGACUCGAACGUCACAACCGAAAUUCUUGCAGAUGGAGUCACGACCAAUGUUACCGUUGUUGUGGGAUCUGAGUUUAGCUAUUUUCAUUGCGCCAUCAAAGCCUACAAUAUAAGAAAGCCAGAACAAGAAAAACUCUUCGGUCCGGAAAUUUCUACUACCUUCGAAUCCCUUGGCGAUGGACCCUUCCCACCCCACCCAACCAUACGUGAUAUUCAAGAAACGGACGCUUCAGUUUACUGGGAGAAAGCAGAAGACCCUAGAUACAAUAUUACGUCUUAUAGAAUUUCUGUCGAACCGAAGGGUACUUUUCCUACUACGGACACCAAGUUUAAUUUAAGCCAUCUACACCCUUGGACAAAAUAUGUCGUCAGCGUAUCUUCGUGUACACAUGAGACUGGGUGCGGUGAAGCAAGAUCCAUCUCUUUUAAAACAGACGUGUCAGCGCCAUCAAAGCCGGUAUGGCUCUCUACCAGAUCUGUCGGCGCGGAGUGGAUUUACCUUGAGUGGGAACGACCGAAGGUGCCCAACGGCCCCAUCGACGGCUUCAACGUCAGCCUUGUCGGACGAAACGUUUCGUUUGAAGCAGUGACGACGGGUUUAUCGUACAACGCAACCCAGCUAAGCCCCGGAUUUUUGUACAGAGUCUCUGUAUACGCCUUCAACUACGGCUUCCACAAAGAAAAACGAGGCCCUUCGGCGACGCUCACAGUGUCUACAUUAAAUGAUGCAAAAAGCACAAGCUCUCUGUUUCUGAUAAUUGGUGUGGUGUCAUUCUUCAUAACAAGCUGUGCUGUCGCAGUUUACUUUUUGUGCCAGCAAUCCAAGCCCGAUAUUAGUGAGGAAGACGAAACAGAGCUCCACACGAUGAAGCCAUGGCUAAGGAUCAGCCGAAAACUUUGCCCUAAUGCUGUGUUUGGACAAGACGAACAGGAUGAUCACCUUGUUACCCAAGUUGAUGACUUCACCUUUGAAGUUCAGAAGGACCGCUGUGAAGGCUCGUCUACUGGACAUGAAAGCCGCGUCGACGAACGAGCAUUCUUCCGCCUGAUUUUUAGCUUUCUCUAUCACUGCUUUGUCUCUGGCUUGCCGUCUGCCCACAUUAUGAAUGGGGUGAACAUCCCUUGGCGCAGGCAUGACUGUGAUAUUCUUUCGCACAUCUUUGGAGUCUUACCGGAGGUGAGAAAUGCUACCUGCAGCAUUUUUAUUGCCCAAUUUGCUUCGUCGGUUUGUAAUUUCUUGUUUUUAAUCGACUACUCACAGGACGGUGGGACUGUUUCCUGUUAUUCUCCUGCUGGCCCUAAACCUAAAGGUAAUGAAAAUCCUAGCGGACGAAAGCCUGAAACUCCAGCAGCGCCAACAAAUGUGUAUGCAUCGGCAACUUGCGACAAUCAUGUGGUCAUCACUUGGUCGUACUCUGAUGAACCUGCGACGUCAUUUUGGCUUCAAAUGUGCAUGACAGGCAUCACAACCUGCCAAAGAGCAAAUGUCGACAAAGACACACGGACAUUCACUUUCCGCGUGGGACCGACAGAGAACACAUAUGAAGUUUCAAUAUGGGCGUCAAAUGAAACGUCCACUCAUGCUGUCAACAGCACAUGUGUAACCGUCAACGUCACAACGUUCCCUUACGUUCCCUUGAUGGACUCGGUCGCUGUGAGCGCGGUCACUGCCAGCGCGCUCAGAAUUACAUGGACAGUGGAGUGGAAGUACAAAUUGCGUCUCUCCGUCUGCCCAUUCGAAGGUCUGAAAGAACGCUGCAAUGAACACUUCGUCGACGGUUUGGCGCAUGUUUACACAAUCAGUGGCCUGAAUGCCAGCACGCUGUACCAGGUUGACACGACCGCCCAGGUGACUCGCUACGGGUUGACUUGUACCGGUCCUGUGUUUGAGCAGGACGUGAUGACAUUUCCUUCUGAUAUAGGUCCUGUGCAAAACCUCAACUACAAGGUCAUCAAUGUAACGGUAAUAUCUGCAUGCUGGGAUGAGCCUUCCGAAGCUCGGGAGGUUGACGGCUACACGAUGACUUGUAGAAGCAACGCGAGUGGUCAGUCUACGACUGCUGAAUACCUUCACAGCGGCAACGUGAGUUUUCUUUUGGACGUGAAGGAGCAGCUGGCGAAUUUCAGCUGCGCGGUCAACGCGUUUGCAACGAGAGAAAGCGGACGUCAAGAAGGCCUGCCUACAGUAUUCGAAGUAGCAACUCAUGGGAUAGCGGCGCCCCGUCAAGUCACCCUCAUGAAUGCCACAAAGACCAGCCUCACUUACUCAUGGCUGGUAGAUCCCAGCGCAAAGAAGUGCCGAAUUCAAGUCAAGGCCUUGUCUCCUAAUUAUACUGCUGCGAAUAUCACACACUGGCUCUCCGAAGUAGUCGACUCCCGAUUCGUCAAACGCACGGUGCUCCGUUUGUCGCCAGGAACGUUAUACGAAAUAUGCAUUCAAAACUGCGCUGGCUACUGCGGUUUGUCAACAGUAGUCAGGAGCAUGACAGAAGUAGAUGCACCGUCUCCUGUGUGGCAGCUUCAUUCCAACCUGAAAGGCUUUUCGGAUGUCCUGUUGACUUGGGCACGACCCCAGAAGCCAAAUGGACCGAUUGACGGAUACACUAUCCAACUAUUCAACAAGAACACGAAUGAAACUUAUAUACAAACUGUUGACGGGGAAUCACUGAAUCUCAGCGUUCACCUACGCAAUCAGUUCACGCACUUCAAGGCCUCCGUCUCCGCCUACAAUAUUGAUCACGCUCAUAAUGUGACACUGCAGGGAGUUGCAGAGAACACAGACUUCAUCACUCUUGGAGAAGGCCCAUUUCCUCCUCUUCCUAAAGUUGAAACCGUCGAGGAACGUCAAGCUACGCUGUACUGGAAGACACCCCAUGACCCAAGAUACAACAUCACUCAGUUUUGCGUCUCCGUGAUUGGAACCACGUGUUCCUUUAUUUCAGACAAUCAUUAUGUUCUCGACAAACUACUGCCGUAUCAGGAAUACACUGUUAACGUGUCUUCGUGCAACAGCACGAGAUGCGGGCAGGCGCGUUCUGUCCACUUCGUUACUGAUGUUGGAGUUCCCUCUCUACCCAGAAGCUUAACGAUAGAGUUAUUGGGAACAUCUUGGAUUGAAGUGCAAUGGCGAAAUCCUCAAACACCGUGCGGUCCCAUUAGCGGAUACACCAUUACAUGGAGCAAUGGAAAGGAAGGCAUCAUGGCCACGACUAAUGAAACCAUGUUCAACGUGACAAGCUUGAAAUCCGGCACCUUCUACAGUAUAUCUGUAUAUGCUUUCAACGAUGGUCACCAGCAAAGAAAGCGUGGACCCGCAACACUCGUAAACGUUUCUACGCUUUCAGACCGAACACCGCUUGAAGGUACAUCGACCUUCACAAUAGCAAUUGUUGUCACGACAUUGUGCGUGGUGACACUGGUAGCAUCUGUUUACAUCACUUUUCUAAAAAGAAGGCAAAGAAAGCUGGCACACACUGUGGAGGAAUUUGAUUGCCAUCCACUGGUCUCCGAAGAAACAUUACCAUCACCGAGAAAGCACAUAUUAAACUGCUUUUCUUCGAGCGUAUGAGUCCGGUCCAGUGAGAAAGAGAGAGACAGGGGAAACGAGAGUGUACAUCUACAUUAGUGGCUUCAAGCAUUUAUCUGUUCAAGAAGUUGGAAAAUCCGUAUAUGUUUCUGAUCGAACAGACUUUCUCGCCAGUUAAUGCGUCUGGAAGAUUACAUAGGAUCCAGU